AUGUUCCUGGCCAGUAUGGCGGGCACGUACCCCCACAAGACCAUCAACAACUACAUCCACAACCAAUCAAAAAAGCAACCUUGCCUACCAUUCACGAUCCAGGUAAUCAAGUUGAUACAUGAACAACUAGACUUAUCAGAUCCAAUGUCAGCCGCUGUAUUUGCAUGCUUAACCACCACCUUUUAUACAACAGCUCGACUGGGUGAAUUUACAACCCCAUCCUUAACCACUUACAAUCCAGCCAUUCACCCAUCCAUAGCACUUGUUCACACCGAAACAGAUUGCAAUGGACUAAUGUCAACCAUUUUCAAGCUUCCUAAAACCAAAUCAUCACCACACGGAGAAGAUGUUUUGUGGUCUGUUCAACACGGACCCAGCGACCCUCAUUUUGCAUGGACUAACCAUCUCAAUAUCAACAACCCCUCCCCCAACCAACACAUUUUUGCAUACCAACAGAAUAAAGGGAAAAUAACUACCAUGGUCCCGUUAACACAAAAGACUUUCCUUACCACAAUAAACAAAGCAUUGAUGGCUGGAGGUCAGCAAAAAAUGACGGGUCAUAGCAUACGGAUAGGCGCUACGUUAGAAUAUCUCCUUCAAGGGGUUCCAUUUGAUGCAAUGAAAGUCAAAGGACGCUGGGCCAGUGACACUUUCCGUAUAUACCUAUGGAAACACACACAAAUCCUCACACCUUACAUGCAAGCAGUACCUGAUACCCAUACUGUGCUGAUACAUCACACCAUCAAUAUGCCACCAGUCAGAUAA